CCUGAGCGGUGUUGGGGGGGGGGGGAAAUACGGCGUAACUGAGCACCUUCGGCUUUGGAGUGGGACCACCGAGAGGCAGCGACAGGGCACCGAGGAGGGCGGGGGGCCGAGGGACGGCUGUAAUUCAUACCCGCUUGUGAUUUUUCCAGGUCCUGUGAAAAGAUGAACGUCGUGAAAGACAACCAAGACCUGGCCUGCUUCUACACCACCAAGCACUCCUGGAGGGGAAAGUACAAGCGUGUCUUCUCUGUGGGAACCCACGGCAUCACCACGUACAACCCCACCACGCUGGAAGUAACAAAUCAGUGGCCUUAUGGAGACAUCUGUGGAAUCGGCCCUGUUGGAAAAGGUCAGGGAACAGAGUUCAACCUCACAUUCCGAAAGGGCACCGGCAAGAAGUCGGAGACGCUCAAGUUCUCCACGGAGCAUCGGACGGAGCUGCUCACAGAAGCACUGAGAUUCCGAACAGAGUUUUCAGAGGGAAAAAUAACUGGCAGGCGUUACAACUGCUACAAGCACCAUUGGAGUGACACGCGGAAGCCCGUGAGUUUGGAGGUGACGCCGGGCGGCAUUGACCAAAUCGACCCUCACACCAACCGGGUGCUCUGUUCCUACGACUACCGCAACAUCGAGGGCUUUGUGGAGACCUCUGGCUACCAGGGAGGCUUCUGCAUCCUUUACGGCGGGUUUAGCAGGCUGCACCUGUUUGCCUCCGAGCAUCGAGAUGACAUCAUCCGCAGUGCCAUAGAGCAUGCUGGGAACUUCAUUGGAAUCACGCUGCGGCUCAGGAAGGAGGCCCUGACCUUCGAGGGCUUCUUGACGGACAGGCUGGGGAAGUACAGCUCAGAUGAGAGCAUCACGUCGGUGGCCGAGUUUGUGGUGCAGAAGAUAACCUCACGCCAUGCGGAGCCCGUUAAGCGUAUCUUGGCCCUCACCGAGACAUGUUUGGUGGAGAGAGAUCCCGCGUCCUACAACAUUGUCACCAUCAAACCAUUUGGAGAGGUGUUUGCUCUCAUCUGCGAUGCGGACAACCCUCAGGUGUUUACAGUCGAAUUCAUCAGAGGCCAGAUCAGAAAGUUCUCCUCCACGGAACGGGACUCUUUGCUGGCCAGCCUGCUCGAUGGCGUCCGUGCAUCGGGUAACAGGGACGUGUGCGUCAAGAUGGCCCCCACGCGGCGCGGCCAGCGAUGGGGCCUCCUCAGCAUGCCUGUCGACGAGGAGGUGGAGAGCCUGCAUCUGAAAUUCCUAGCAGCGCCUCCCAAUGGAAACUUUGCCGAUGCAGUAUUCCGAUUUAACGCCAACAUAUCCUACAGUGGUGUGCUCCACGCAGUAACACAAGAUGGUCUUUUCUCUGAGAACAAAGAGAAGCUCAUCAACAACGCCGUCCUGGCUCUCUUGACGCAGGAGGCAGAGUUGCCCUCACUCAAUGCCGAGCUGGAGAGCCACUUUCAGGCCAUCCGGCGCUUGGUGGCCUCCAAAGCCGGCUUCCAGGCCUUCACCCAGCUGCCUAAGUCUGGACAAGGGUCUGGACUCACAGACGGAACGUUUAGGGAAAAGUUAGGAGUUAAGACGGUCAAAGCUUUAAAGAGGAACAACAACGGUGUGACACACGCUGCUAUCGACAUGCUCUGCGCCCUGAUGUGUCCCAUGCAUGACGACUAUGACCUGAGGCAGGAGCAACUCAACAAAGCAUCUCUGCUGUCUUCUAAGAAGUUCCUGGAAAACCUUCUUGAGAAAUUCAUUACCAAUGUUGACCAUGGAACAGGGGCUUUGGUGAUCAGCUCCCUAUUGGAUUUUUUAACGUUUGCCCUGUGCGCCCCUUACAGUGAAACCACUGAGGGCCAACAGUUUGACAUGCUGCUUGAGAUGGUGGCCUCCAACGGACGCACGCUCUUUAAACUCUUCCAGCAUCCCUCUAUGGCGAUUGUGAAGGGCGCUGGACUGGUAAUGAAGGCCAUUAUUGAGGAAGGGGACAAGGAAAUCGCCACCAAAAUGCAAGAGCUGGCUUUAAGCGAGGGGGCUCUUCCUCGGCACCUUCACACCUCCUUGUUUACCAUCAGCACGGACCAGAGGAUGCUCACCAACAGACAGCUGAGUCGUCACCUGGUUGGUCUGUGGACCGCAGAGAACCCUGUCGCCAUGAACCUACUCAAGAGAAUAUUGCCAACAGGUCUGCUAGCUUACAUGGACAGUCCGGAUACAGUGCCAGAGAGAGAUGUGGAUCGAAUGCAUGUCAGAGACAACUUGAAACUUGCCACGGACCAGCUGAACCGAAACAAGGUCCCCGAGUGGCAGCGGAUAGCCGGCAAAGCAGCCAAAGAGGUGGAGAAGUUUGCCAAGGAGAAGGCGGAUCUGGUUCUGAUGCACUGGAGGGAUAAGAUGGGCAUCGCGCAGAAGGAGCAGGACAGAAAUAACCUGAAUCCCAAUCAAAAGCCGGUCAUCCUGAGAAAAAGACGACAGCGGAUCAAGAUUGAAGCCAACUGGGAGCUUUUCUACUACAGAUUCCAGCUGGACCAUGCACGCUCCAACCUAAUCUGGAACCUGAAAACAAGGGAGGAGCUGCGGGACGCCCUGGAAGGGGAGAUGCGCGCCUUCAACGUGGACCGCGAGCUCGGCAAUGCCACCGUCAUCUCCUGGAACCACCAGGAGUUUGAGGUGAGAUAUGAGUGCCUUUCCGAUGAAAUCAAGAUCGGCGACUAUUACUUGCGCCUCCUGCUGGAGGAGGAUGAAAAUGAGGAAUCAAGUGCCAUCAAGAGAUCGUACGAAUUCUUCAACGAGCUCUACCACCGCUUUCUGCUAACGCCCAAAGUCACGAUGAAGUGCCUGUGCUUGCAGGCGCUAACGAUAGUUUACGGCAAGUGCUUUGAAGAGAUCGGCCCCUUCACUGACACAAAAUACAUUGUGGGCAUGCUGGACCGCUGCACCGACAAACUGGAAAGAGACAGGCUCAUCCACUUUUUGAACAAACUGAUUCUUAACAAGAAAAAUGUGAAAGAUAUAAUGGACUCUAACGGGGUGCGAAUCCUGGUGGACCUGCUCACCUUGGCCCAUCUGCACACCAGCAGAGCUACUGUGCCACUUCAGAGCAACGUCUUGGAGGCAGCGCCAGACAUGAAGAGAGAGAGUGAGAAGGAGUGGUACUUCGGAAAUGCCGAUAAAGAAAGAAGAGGACCUUUCAACUUUGAAGAGAUGCAGGAGUUUUGGAACAGCAGCGUCCUGACCGCAAAGACUAGGUGCUGGGCUCAGGGGAUGGAUGGAUGGCGCCCCCUGCAGGCCAUCCCGCAGCUGAAGUGGUGCCUCCUGGCCACCGGGCAGGCGGUGAUGAACGAGUCUGACCUGGCGACCCUCAUCCUCAAUAUGCUCAUCACCAUGUGCUCCUACUAUCCCAGCAGGGACCAAGAUAACGCCAUUAUUCGUCCAUUACCAAAGAUCAAGAGGAUGAUAAGUGACAACGCUUGCCUCCCUCACAUUGUUCAGUUGCUCUUGACGUUUGAUCCCAUCCUGGUGGAAAAAGUGGCCAAUGUCCUGUACCUGGUGAUGCAGGACAACCCCAACCUGCAGCGGCUGUACUUGAGUGGAGUCUUCUUCUUCAUCAUGAUGUACACCGGCUCCAACGUGCUUCCUGUUGCAAGGUUCCUGAAGUACACUCACCUGAAGCAAGCCUUUAAAUCAGAGGAGUCUAAAGGCCUGGACAUUGUGCAGCGCAGUGUUCUGGGACCCGUUCUUCCAGAAGCCAUGGUGUGCUAUCUGGAGAACUAUGAGGCAGAGCGCUUCUCUGAGAUAUUCCUGGGAGAAUUUGACACCCCUGAGGCCAUUUGGAGCAGCGAGAUGAGGCGCAUGAUGAUUGAGAAAAUCGCAGGCCACAUUGCUGACUUCAGCCCGAGGCUGCAGAGCAACACGCGCGCCCUCUACCAGUACUGCCCCAUCCCUGUGAUCAGCUUCCCUCAACUGGACAACGAGCUCUUCUGCAACAUCUACUACCUCAGACACCUCUGUGACACCACCCACUUCCCCAACUGGCCUAUUCGAGAUGCUGUAAAGCUGCUUAAAGACACACUUGAAGCUUGGAAGAGGGAGGUGGAGAAAAAGCCACCGUCCAUGUCGGUAGAUGAUGCUUACGAAGUCCUCAACCUCCCCAAAGGACAAGGACAGCAUGAAGAGAGCAAGAUCAGGAAGGCUUACUUCAGGCUGGCGCAGAAGUACCAUCCUGACAAGAACCCUGAUGGCAGAGACAUGUUUGAGAAAGUCAACAAGGCCUAUGAGUUCCUUUGCACAAAGUCUGCAAGAAUCCUAGAUGGCCCUGACCCAGAAAACAUCAUCCUCAUCCUCAAGACCCAGAGCAUCCUCUUCAAUCGGCACAAACAAGAACUGGAGCCCUACAAAUAUGCCGGCUACCCCAUGCUCAUCAAAACAAUCACCAUGGAGACCGAAGAUGACCAACUCUUCUCCAAGACCUCCCCUCUCCUCCCGGCUGCCGCUGAGCUAGCCUUCCACACCGUCAACUGUUCAGCUCUCAACGCCGAGGAGCUUCGCCGGGAGAACGGCAUCGAGGUGUUGCUGGAGGCUCUUUCGCGUUGUGUCUCCGUGUUGACUGCAUCCAGCAAGGCUGACGACAUGGCGGUUCAGGUGUGUGGGCACGUCUGUAAGUGCUACAGUGUUGCGGCACAGUUUGAGGAAUGCAGAGAAAAGAUCAUCGAGCUGCCCUACAUCAUCAGAGACCUCUGUCACAUCUUGUAUUAUGGAAAGUGUCUUCCCAAAACCGCCUCCUUGGCGGUUCAGUGCGUCAGCUCCUUCGCCGUGGAUUUCUUCCUCCAGACCCAUCUGUACCACGCCGGCGUGCUCUGGCACCUGCUGGUCAACCUCUUCAACUACGACUACACCCUGGAGGAGAGCGGUGUGCAAACGAGUCAGGAGACCAACCAGCAGCAAGUGGCCAACAACCUGGCCAAGCUCAGCCUGGUGGCCCUUAGCCGCCUGGGAGGCUACCUCCAGACGCCGCACAGCCCCAACGGCAGCAAUCCCGUGCCGGAGACCAACGGUGUGGAGGGUACGCCUCCGGACAACCCCACUAUUCGCAAGAGCCUUGCCUCCAUGUUGACGCCCUACAUCUCCAGGAAGCUGGGAGUAGGAUCUUCCGCUGAGGUCUUGAAACUGCUGAACAGUAACUCUGAGAACCCCUACCUCAUCUGGAAUAAUGGAACACGAGCCGAGCUGAUGGAGUUCCUGGAGAGUCAACAGGAGGGAAACAUCAGAAGAGGGGAAAACGAUAAGAGCUUUGGUGCUGAUUUUGUGUUCAGCGAUCACAGCAAAGAGCUGAUAGUCGGGGAGAUCUUUGUGCGGGUUUACAACGAACAACCAACUUUCCCACUUGACUUUCCCAAAGCGUUUGCAGCGAGUCUGCUGGACUAUGUGGGCUCUCAGGCCCAGUACCUCCACACACUGCUGGCCAUGAGUCAGAGCAACAAGGUAGAGUCCCAGCAGCACGCUGAGCGGCUCCGCUUUGCAGAGAUGGCUCUAGAGGCUUUACGCAAUGUCAUCAAGAACAACCCUGGCUCCGAGACGGAGUGCAUCGGCCAUUUUAAGUUGCUCUUCUCCCUGUUGCGUGUUCACGGAGCUGGCCGCGUGCAGCAGCUGGUGUUGGAGGUUGUGAACACAGUAACAUCAAAUCAAGAAUGUGUGAGCAACAUCGCAGAGUCUCUGGUGUUGUCCAACCUCCUCUUACUGCUGCACUCUCUCCCAUCAAGCAGGCAGAUGGUGUUGGAGACCAUCCAUGCAUUGACCUCCAACACCAAAAUAGUCAAAGAGGCCAUGGCUAAAGGGGCUCUCAUAUACCUGCUCGAUCUCUUCUGCAACUGCACUCACCCUCAGGUUCGCACACAGACGGCUGAGCUCUUCUCCAAAAUGACCUCAGACAAGCUUGUCGGGCCCAAGGUUCGGCUGACUCUGAUCCGUUUCCUUCCGGGUGUGUUCAUGGACGCCAUGCGGGACAACGCUGAAGCAGCGGUGCACAUAUUUGAGGGAACGCACGAAAAUCCUGAACUCAUUUGGAACGAUAGCUCCAGAGAGACUGUUUCCACCACUGUGCGGGAGAUGAUGCUUGAGCACUUUAAACAGCAGAAAGACAAUCCUGACGUCAACUGGAGACUGCCAGAGGACUUCACUGUGGCCUAUGGAGCUGGACAGGGAGAGCUAGAAGUGGGCGGAGUCUUUUUGCGCAUCUUUAUUGCCCAGCCGGGCUGGGUGCUGCGCAAGCCUCGGGAGUUCCUGGUAUCUCUCCUGGAGACCCUGACGGAGUUAUUGGAGAAGAACAACCCCAACGGGGAGGCACUGGAGACCGUCACCACGGCAGCAGUGUGUCUCUUCAGCACACAGACUCAACUCGCUGAUCAGGUCCCACCUCUGGGUCACUUGCCCCGCAUCCUCGCAGCACUCAACCACAAGAACAACGCCAUUCCCAAGAGCUCCAUCCGUCUCAUCCACGUGCUCUCGGAUAAUGAGCUCUGCGUGCGCUCCAUGGCUGCCCUGGAAGCCAUCGGCCCGCUCAUGACUGGAAUGAAGGUCCGUGCAGACAUGGCCGGGCUGGCCUGUGAGGCUCUGAACCGCAUGUUUCAGAAGGAGCAGACAGAACUCGUAGCUCAGGCUCUGAGAGUGGAGCUGGUUCCGUACCUCCUUAAGCUCUUGGAAGGAAUUGGCUUGGAGACCUUAGACAACCCCUCAGCUACCAAGGCCCAGAUUGUAAAAGCUUUGAAGUCUAUGACUCGCAGUCUGCAGUAUGGAGAACAGGUCAAUGAAAUACUAGCAAAAUCCACGGUAUGGAGUGCCUUCAAGGACCAGAAACAUGAUCUCUUCAUUUCCGAGUCUCAGACCGCAGGCUACCUGACAGGGGUUUCCACUCCCUCUCUCCUGGCCGCCAGCAGCCCACUCCGAGGUGGGCUCUAGACUCCUGAGGUGUACCCUCAAAACCCUCCUCUCUGUUGCACUAAUGCAGGGCCAGGAGUAGCAGGUUACCUUACAGCAGCAGGAAGCAGCACCACGGUAAUGCCCAGCGUCCCACCACCAGUGGACAGCGACCACGGAGACCACGCAGACCAAGGCUGAUGGACACGAUCGACCAGCACAGUCAGGCUCAGGCACCCUGACCGCCCUGCAAGCCUCAAGGUCGCCGAAGCUCACCGGGACUGUUCGGCUCCCCGACAUGCGGGGAUGGGGUGGAGAGGAGGUUGUCAUUGACAGUCACACCAAAAUUUCUACAACGCGUCCUCCUGUAUCGCCACCAACCUCCACCCGCCCUCCAACUGGCACUCAUAAAUUGUUUGAAAUUGUCUUAACAGAUGACCAUCUUUUGUUUCUUCCAAUGACACACAGAAGAGUUUACUUUUUGUAUGAAUAUAUUUUUUAUUGUAGUUAUUCUUUUUUCCAUGGAAAGACAUGGGAAGACUUGACACUUAUCGUUUCUCCCAUCUCUUUGGCCUUUUGCUAUCCUGAUUGGCAGCACUGGCCACCAAAUUCUCAACCUCACGUCGGUGAACCUCUUACAUCAUCACGUCCUUGUCAAGACUGCAUCUCAAGAAAAAAAAAGUGUGUCAUAGAAAAUUGCAAAAGAGAUUUGUGCUCCCUGUUUCACCUCAAGGAUCUUCAGGCUGCCCCCAAUUUUUGACGCGUCUCUGCUCUCCAGACUUUAAUUCCUACUUCAUUCCAAUUUUCAUGGCUGCCUCAAUUUUGUCAUUAUUCUCCUUCCCUCAAUAUGCUAAAGGCACUAGAAUAUUUAUAAGUGAAUAACAACCCUCGGAAAUGACAUUCGGCCGAGUGGACAUGACGAAUGAUGUUGAAUCUGUGUGAAAGACUAGUGCAGUCUGUGAAAUGUUCAAUGUAAUAUUGCGUAUAUAAACUUUCUAUAUUGAAUGUACAUUCAAAAAUAAAUCAGUCGCACUUGUACAUAAAAUUUUAAAAAUAAAAGGGAACC